AUGGUUAAUGUUCCAAAAACCAGAAGGACCUUUUGUAAAAGUUCCAAGUGCAAAAAGCACACACUACAUAAAGUGUCGCAAUACAAGGCUGGUAAAGCCGGACUUUAUACUCAAGGGAAAAGGCGUUAUGACAGAAAGCAGUCAGGCUACGGUGGUCAGACGAAGCCCAUUUUCCGGAAGAAGGCGAAGACUACCAAGAAAAUUGUUCUCCGCCUUGAGUGCACCGAAUGCAAAUACAAGCAACAGAUGAGGAUCAAGAGAUGCAAGCACUUCGAACUUGGUGGUGACAAGAAAAAGAAGGGUCAAAUGAUCCAGUUUUGA